UUAAAAAUACAAACUUAAUCAUAAAUACUGAUCGUGAAAAAAAUAAUUUGGUUCAGUGCACGAAAACGCCUUCUUUGUGAUGAACGCUUCGAACAAUACUCGGACCUUGACAAGAGGUUGGACUGAGUUCCUAAAUCGCACUCCAGUUACCAUCGCUGUAGAGACAAGUAUUUUACUCCUUAUUGGAGUGGUUGUCAUUGCGGGAAAUCUUCUGGUAGUACUCUCCAUCUAUCGUAAUCCCAGUCUUCGUUACAUCUCUAACUACUUCCUAUUAUCGCUUUCCCUGACCGACAUCUUAUAUUCUAUCACAGUCUUGCCUAUUACUAUUACUUGGUCGAUGAAAAGCCGCUUUAUUUUUGGAGAAAGCUUGUGUGAUUUUCAAGGAAUUUUACUUAAUUCUCUUUUCUUUGUGUCCGUCUUGAAUAUGGUUUUCAUCGCUGUUAACCGUUUUGUCAAAGUCUGCGAAGCUCAAAAAUACCAAAAACUGCAGAAGAAAAAUGUGAACUUGAUGAUAAUCAGCGCCAUUUGGAUUUGCAGUUUUACUUUUGUGAUUAUGUACAGCAAAGCAGGAAACUUCGCUAGCAUUAGUUUUAUACCUAAUCAAAUCAGGUGUGGAUUUACAUACGAGAACCUACACGGCACGAUAUCGAAGGUGAUUGGGAACACUGUGUUGAUAGUCAGUCUAACUAUACCAUUCACUGUCAUAACGUUCUGCUAUAUCAAAGUAUUCAAGAAAAUUCGACAGCACAAGAGGCAAAUCUUCCCUCAACAAACACGGGAACUUUGUAGAAUUCCUAUCGCCCAAGAUCCUCAGCGUCCGCUUUCCUGUUCUACUUUUCCAAGCCCCCAACCUAACCAGAAUCUUCGGGAUUCCUGUGUUUCUUCGCAGAAUGGUACGAGAUUGGGCACUAAKGUUCAUGAAAUCAAGAUCACGUGGACAGUGUUUGCAGUUUUGAUGGGGUAUUGCAUAGCAUGGAUUCCAGUCCUCAUCGUGUCAUUUGCGUCUAGCCUCCUUGGUGAAAAUAAAAUACCUCGCUCGGCUGGAAUGAUCGUGACUUUUACAGGAUCAAGUAGCUGUUAUAUCAAUCCCAUAAUAUACGGAGUAAUGAACCCGGCGUUUAGGAGAGAGUACAAGAAGAUAUUUAACCGUAACUAGACACGUGUUUGGUUUAACGUUUCCCACGUGAGCCUGCAUGACUAUUGGUCGGUACCUCUUGCUUUCAUCAUGGUGAGCACUGACCAUGAGAACUGCAGGAGCGCAAAAGGACAGAAUUGACUCUUACUUGUAAUACGAUUACAACUUACGAGCGUUGAUGCGGAAACGCAUCCGUGAUCCCAACUUUAGAUGGUUUGCUGCCAUAGCAGCCAUAGAUAAAAAGAACACUGCCGCUACCAAAGCCCUGUCUCCUUACUGCGCAUGCUCGACUAAAUGCUCCCUUGAUUGAGUGCGCCCAAUUUGUUUUGACCAAUCAUCACGCAAGAUGUUUA